AUGCCGGGCCCCGCCAUCGGUAUCGAUCUGGGUACCACCUACUCAUGCGUUGGUAUCUUCCGAGAUGACCGCAUUGAGAUCAUCGCCAAUGACCAGGGAAACCGCACCACCCCGUCCUUCGUGGCUUUCACCGACACCGAGCGUCUCAUCGGUGAUGCCGCGAAGAACCAGGUUGCCAUGAAUCCCACCAACACCGUCUUCGAUGCGAAGCGACUCAUCGGCCGCAAGUUCGCGGACGCGGAGGUCCAGGCCGACAUGAAGCAUUUCCCCUUCAAGAUCAUCGACAAGGCCUCCAAGCCCGUCAUCUCCGUGGAGUUCAAGGGCGAGGACAAGACCUUCACUCCCGAGGAGAUCUCCGCCAUGAUCCUCACCAAGAUGAGGGAAACUGCCGAAUCCUACCUCGGUGGCACCGUCAACGAUGCCGUUGUCACCGUCCCGGCCUACUUCAAUGACUCGCAGCGUCAAGCAACCAAGGACGCUGGUCUCAUUGCCGGUCUCAACGUCCUCCGUAUCAUCAACGAGCCCACUGCCGCCGCCAUCGCCUAUGGUCUGGACAAGAAGACCGUCGGUGAGCGCAACGUCCUCAUCUUCGAUUUGGGUGGUGGUACCUUCGAUGUCUCGCUCCUGACCAUCGAGGAGGGUAUCUUCGAAGUCAAGUCGACCGCCGGUGAUACUCACUUGGGUGGUGAGGACUUCGACAACCGUCUGGUCAACCACUUCGUAAAUGAGUUCAAACGCAAGCACAAGAAGGAUCUGACCUCCAAUGCCCGUGCCCUACGACGUCUCCGCACCGCAUGCGAGCGUGCGAAGCGCACUCUCUCAUCCUCCGCCCAGACCUCCAUCGAGAUCGACUCGCUCUACGAAGGCAUCGACUUCUACACCUCCAUCACCCGUGCUCGCUUCGAGGAGCUGUGCCAGGACCUCUUCCGCUCCACCAUGGAGCCCGUCGAGCGUGUCCUCCGCGACGCUAAGAUCGACAAGUCCACCGUCCACGAGAUCGUCCUCGUCGGUGGAUCCACCCGUAUCCCCCGCAUCCAGAAACUCGUCUCCGACUUCUUCAACGGCAAGGAGCCCAACAAGUCCAUCAAUCCCGAUGAAGCCGUUGCCUAUGGUGCCGCUGUCCAGGCCGCCAUUCUCUCCGGCGACCAAUCAUCCAAGUCCACCAACGAGAUCCUCCUGCUCGACGUCGCACCGCUCUCUGUCGGUAUCGAGACCGCUGGUGGUGUCAUGACCCCGCUCAUCAAGCGCAACACCACCAUCCCUACCAAGAAGUCCGAGGUGUUUUCCACCUUCUCUGACAACCAGCCCGGUGUCCUCAUCCAGGUCUACGAGGGUGAGCGUGCGCGCACCAAGGACAACAACCUCCUCGGUAAGUUCGAGCUCACCGGCAUCCCCCCGGCGCCGCGUGGAGUCCCCCAGAUCGAGGUCACCUUCGACGUCGACGCCAAUGGCAUCAUGAACGUCUCCGCGCUCGAGAAGGGUACCGGCAAGACCAACAAGAUCGUCAUCACCAACGACAAGGGCCGCCUGUCUAAGGAGGAGAUCGAGCGCAUGCUGUCCGAGGCCGAGAAGUAUAAGGCCGAGGACGAGGCCGAAGCCGCCCGCAUCGGCGCCAAGAACGGCCUCGAGUCGUACGCCUACAACCUCCGCAACACUGUCUCGGACCCCAAGGUCGACGAGAAGCUGGACGCCGCCGACAAGGAGAAGCUCAAGUCCGAGGUCGACUCCGUCGUCGCCUGGUUGGACGACAACCAGACCGCCACCAAAGAGGAGUACGAGGACAAGCAGAAGGAGCUCGAGGGCAUCGCCAACCCCAUCAUGAUGAAGUUCUACCAGGGCGCCGGCGGCGCUGAGGGCAUGCCCGGCAUGGGCGGCAUGCCCGGCGGUCCCGGCGGCUUCCCUGGUGCGGGCGGCCCGGCUCCGGGCGCGGGUGGCGAUGACGGCCCGACCGUCGAGGAGGUCGAUUAG